AUGCCUUUCUACUUGAGUAUCGCAAGGCGUAGAGAGAUGUUUGCGGCCAUCAUGAAGGAAGAAGAGGAAGCAACGGCGAACUGGGAAGCAUUUGCCCAGUUACCACUUGCAGCUGUCACGGAGGCAGAGUGGAGAAUCGAGGGAAGAGACGAGAUUACUCCAACCGCUGAGUACUACUCGUCUCUUACCAGGGAGGAUCGUGUCCAGAUGUACGAAGAUUUGCUCCUCACCUCGGAGCCAGAUUUUUAG